AUGGAGAAGACCCACCUGAUUCGGUGUACAGCCCUAAAGACAACAACAGAAAUCCAGAGUUCUUUCCAUACCCAUGUGAUCCACCUCGCGUACCUCAGCAUCAACACGCUCCUAUUCACUGACUUCUGUUUACGUUACUCUUCUGAGGAAAUGGCUGCUACCAGCGUGCAAGUUGCUGCAACGUGGAUGAAACGUAGUAUGGGCUGCCAUGCGAAAGCCUGGUUGCAAAAGUUCGGUGAGGGUGUCAAUUUCGAACAAUUUCGUGCGAUUGCUAAUGAAUUCAUUGCCACCUUCAAUGCUGUUGACGCAGCGAUUAAAGAGGUGGUGAGAGUAAUGAUGCUUAAAUAUGAACUGAUGUUGAACGAGAAGUCGGAGGUUGGAGAAUGCCCGCAAGUGCUUCGUCCUCCUCCUUUGAAACCUCUUUCUCCUCGUUCCCCUACUCCUCCCCCUCCACCACCUUCUCCCCCUCCUCUUCUUCCUCGUUCUCAACCUCCUCCUCCUCCGCGUCCACCAGAUAUAGAUAUCCAAGAUUCUACUUGA